GAACAACAAAGCCCAACGGGAGUUUGUUUCUACCAGCUAAACUAGCUCUAUUUAUGUUUACUGUGCUCUAGACUCAUGGAGGAGCUAUAAGAAAAUCUUCUUUGCUGCAUGAUGAAUCGGAUGACUACGAUCUGGAAUAAAGCAAAAUAAUUGUUUCAUUGUCGGCAGUGAUUUGCUUAGUGUGUGGAACGAUGCCAGAAAGACUAACAGAAAUGCUUAUGGAUACAUGGGCUCCAUUAGUAAUAUUAUGGAUUACUGUAUUCCCAUCCAUGUACAUGGCUCCAACGAAUGAUUCACAAGUAUUACCAAGUGGAUCCAGUGGAGGACUAAAUGAAAUAAAUGAAGAGCAAAAAGUGUUGAACCGUUCAAAGAGGGGCUGGGUAUGGAAUCAAAUGUUCGUCUUGGAAGAAUUUUCUGGACCAGAACCUAUAUUAGUUGGUCGGCUACACACAGAUUUGGAUCCUGGAAGCAGCAAAAUCAAGUACAUCCUAUCAGGUGAUGGAGCUGGGACUAUCUUUGUGAUCAACGACAAGACCGGUGACAUCCAUGCAAUGAAAAGACUUGACCGGGAAGAAAAAGCUGAAUAUACGCUAACAGCCCAAGCAGUCGAUAGGGAUACAAACAAACCCCUGGAGCCUCCUUCAGAAUUCAUAAUUAAGGUUCAAGAUAUCAAUGACAAUGCGCCAGAAUUUGUUGAAGGUCCAUACCAUGCAACGGUUCCAGAAAUGUCCGUCGUGGGUACUUAUGUUACUAAAGUGACAGCCACUGACGCAGAUGAUCCGGUUUACGGAAACAGUGCCAAGCUGGUGUAUAGCAUCUUGGAGGGGCAGCCUUACUUUUCCGUGGAACCGCAUACAGCAAUUAUUAAAACGGCUCUUUCAAACAUGGACCGGGAAGCCAAAGAGGAAUACUUUGUUGUCAUCCAAGCAAAAGAUAUGGGCGGGCAUAUGGGCGGCCUCUCCGGGACAACAACCGUGACGAUUACCCUCACUGAUGUUAAUGACAAUCCUCCAAAGUUUGCACAGAGUUUGUAUCAUUUUUCAGUAUUGGAAGACAUUGCUAUUGGCGAUCCAAUAGGAAGGGUUAAAGCAAAUGACCUGGAUAUUGGCGAGAAUGCUAGAUCGUUCUAUGAUAUUAUUGAAGGAGAUGGAAUGGAUAUAUUUGAAAUCACCUCCGACUCCCAGACUCAGGAAGGCAUUCUUAGAUUGAGAAAGCCCCUGGACUAUGAGGCCAAAAAAUCCUAUACUAUGAAGAUCGAGGCAACCAACGUUCAUAUUGAUCAACGUUUCAUCAGUGUGGGGCCCUUCAAGGAUACGGCAACAAUCAAGAUCUUGGUAGAGGAUGCUGAUGAACCGCCCAUCUUUUCGUCACCGGAUUAUCUACUAGAAGUGCAUGAAAAUGCCGCCAUUGACUCUGUCAUUGGUCAGGUGACUGCUCAUGACCCUGAUGUAACGUCAAGCGCCAUAAGGUUCUCCAUCGAUCGCAACACCGACCUUGAGAGGCAGUUCAACAUCAAUACGCAAGACGGACGGAUAACGUUGGCGACCCCGCUGGACAGAGAAACCAGCACGUGGCACAACAUCACCAUUGUGGCAACAGAAGACAGAAACCCCAGUCAAAUAUCCCGCGUGCCGGUUGCUAUCAAAGUCCUUGAUGUAAACGACAAUGCUCCUGAACUGGCAUCAGGAGAUCAAGCAUAUUUGUGUGAGAACGGAAAAUUGGGAAAAGUCAUUCACACCAUGAGAGCCAUUGACAAAGAUGAUCCCAAGAAUGGACACCACUUUGUUUAUAACCUCCCACCUGAACUGGCCGAGAACUCCAAUUUCACAAUCCAGAAAAAAAAAGAUAACACCCUUGACAUUUUGACCAAACGUGGUGGAUUCAGCCGGCAGACGCAAGAAGUGUAUCUUCUACCAAUCAUUAUCAGCGACAGUGGAAAUCCUCCAAUGAGCAGCACCAGCACCCUCACCAUUAAGGUCUGUGGUUGCAGCAAUGAGGGUAUUGCCCAGUCCUGCAAUGCUGAAGCUUAUGUACUCCCUAUCGGUCUCAGCAUGGGAGCUUUAAUAGCAAUACUAGCCUGCAUCAUUUUGCUGCUAGUCAUUGUGGUGUUGUUUGUAACACUGAGGAGACACAAGAACGAACCUCUGAUUAUCAAAGAUGACGAGGAUGUGAGGGAAAACAUAAUCCGGUAUGACGACGAAGGAGGUGGCGAAGAAGAUACGGAGGCAUUUGACAUUGCAACGUUGCAAAACCCAGAUGGAAUAAAUGGAUUUCUGCCCCGCAAGGAUAUUAAACCUGAUCUUCAGUUUAUGCCCAGACAGGGACUGGCUCCUGUUCCUAAUGGAGUUGAUGUUGACGAAUUCAUCAACGUAAGGCUUCACGAAGCUGAUAAUGACCCUACGGCGCCUCCAUAUGACUCAAUCCAGAUUUAUGGGUAUGAGGGGAGAGGCUCAGUCGCUGGUUCCCUAAGCUCCUUAGAGUCUUCAACCUCAGACUCAGAUCAGAAUUUUGACUACCUCAGUGAAUGGGGGCCCCGUUUUAGAAGACUUGGAGAACUUUACUCAGUUGGAGAAAGCGAUAAAGAAACUUGACAGUGGAUUACAAACUCUUUUUUCACUCUUGACUUAAACACUCAUGUAAUAUUCUAGGGCCACUGCUAUUAGUUUUGACUAAUGUGGCUUUUUUUGGUUUGUUUUAGGGGCAAGUUUAGCACCGGUCAUCUAUAAAAUCAACUACAUUGUAAUGUUGAACCAAAAAAAAAAAGUGCAUAAAUCAAAAGUAUAUGUUAGGAGGUCCGAGUCUUGUGGAGUGUGAAGUAAAGUACGUAGAGUGUCUAGAAGUCUUUGGAUAUUCUAUAUUCACAUGACCACUCUGAAGAUGGAGGUUUGGAUCUUUGAUAGUUUUCAGAGAAGUAAGGGGAAAAGAUACUUUUCUACAGGACAGUCUUGUGUGGAUUUUUGCUGAAGAAGAGUAUGUUCUGAAGGACAUUGAAGAGCUAAUGGUUUGUUUCCACGUUGCCAACGAAGAUCCCACUUUAAAAAAAAUGUUAAAGCAAUAUCUGGUCUUCUGUGCAAUGCUGAAUAGAAAAAAGAGCAUUGAUAACGUCCCUCUUGGCCUCAACUGUGCAGUGACCCUAAUUUGUACAUAAGGUAAUUGUUGGCCAGAAAACUACAGACUGAACAUCAUCUUUAAAUAUUGUGUCAAGCCUUAAAAUAUUCACAUAUUCUUAAUCCAUUCCAGUGACGGGAUUCAAAAUCCACAGUUGUGUAGAAGUUCAGGAGUGGGGAAAGAGCAUUGAAAGUUCCCUCCUUUUAACAAAAAAUGGAUUGUUUUCUAGAAGAAUCUCUCCUAUCACCGACUUCGUCUUCAAUAAAGAAAAAAAAUAUGUGAAAGAGGACGGACUUGCAUAUAUGAUACAAAAGCUGAUUUUAUUGCUAAAGAACAAAAUUUAUUUGUUUAAUCCUUGAAAUAAAUAUUUUAUUGAUGUCCAUUAACUGCUUUUAUUUAUUAAGAUUGGUUAUCGAGAAGAGCUUAAUGGGGGGGGGGGAAAGAAAGUCUAAACGAUAUCCAUUAAUUUGUUUUCUAUAUAUAAUGAAUGUUUAAUAAACUGUACAGUUUGAAAACGAGACUUGAACAACAAGCUGUCCAUUAGCAUAGAGGUUAUAUCUGAAUGUUAGCAGGGUGAAAGUGUUCCUAGAGGAAAACAGCAACAACCGUGGACCAUUUUAUACUAUCUUCAUCAACUUAAUAUCUGGUAUUUCGAUACAAGCACAAUUGGCUGGAAACAACCUGGUUCAUGUGAAUAUUAAAAAAGAAAAAACUCUAAACUUGUAAAAUGCCACCCAUUUCAUUAUCAGAUCAAACCUGCUUCUAGAUCACAGUAUUAAAAGAAGAACCAGUGUGUACAUAAUUUUUUUUUUGCUUAUGUUUCUAGCCUUUCUUUUCUAGAAUAUUCAUGGUUAUGCACAGGGAUCUUGCUCAAGGAAA